AGCCGAGGGUUUAACUUUGUAGUUCCCAGCCUCCCUCCCUACUCCCAUAGGGGAAAUACCAGGCGAUUCUGCACAUUUCUCCUUAGCUCCAUUUUCCAGAAAGAAAGGAGAAGGGAAUGAGUGCUUAUAUAGAACGUGUUAAUAUUUUUAAAGUCCCUUUCUUUGAAAGGAUGAUACAUUGUGUCCGUAAAAUGCCAAGAAAGCAAAAAUAAGCAGUAUUCCUUUAAAUACAUAUGUAGUAUUUUUUAAAACCUACAAGGCAUGCACACCCUACUAGCGAUGAAGUCGGUGAGUCAGUGUAUUUGAGCUCCGAUAGUUUAAUAGAAAGAUUUAUAUACUAACUGUAUUAUUUACUUUGGGAGGGGAGGUGGCAGUAUAAGGGUAUGCUAAUUAGUAGGAGAUUUUUUUGGGGGAAGGGGUGGAAUAUCAAUUUUUAUUGCAUCACCUGUCAGGAGUGUCCAAUCAGCGUUGGCUUUAGGGGAAUUAAUUGAUGAAGGUGUCUCCGGACGAGCUCACUUCACUCUGUCAUUUUAUUUGUAGCUAAAGCAGCGGCGGGAAUAGCAGCUGCAUUUCUUUUCUCUUUCUCCCUUCACAUUCCAUUAUCAUAGUGCUCCCAUGGAGAAGCAGGGGAUAAUAAAGGGGCACAGGUACUGAUCUUCAACAGCAACUUAAGACACUCUGGCAAACCAGAAGCCUGAUGAUUUUUUCCUUUUUUCAAAAAACAAAAGCAAAAGCCAAUCAGGAAUCUAGUCAAUGUAAUUUCCUAUUUUUUUUUUUCCAUCUAUAUGUCUAGUUUAUUUCUCCUCGACUUUGGCACUCCCUUUCACCGGGAAUAACAGUCUUUGUUAUUUUAUUAGCAGGAUGCCUUGAGACAUACGCAGCAUCUGGUGGAGGAUUAACAUACAUACAUCUCUAUGUAUGCGUCACAUAUAUAUUUACUGCAAAUGGUGGGAAUCAUUUAAGACCCGAAAUGGGCGACCUGAAGUCGGGCUUUGAAGAGGUGGAUGGCGUGAGGCUCGGGUACCUCAUCAUUAAAGGAAAGCAAAUGUUUGCACUCUCUCAGGUUUUCACAGACUUGCUGAAAAACAUCCCGAGAACCACCGUACACAAGCGAAUGGAUCAUCUGAAAGUGAAAAAGCAUCACUGUGACCUGGAAGAGUUGAGGAAACUCAAAGCUAUCAACAGCGUUGCCUUCCACGCCGCCAAAUGCACUCUGAUCUCCCGGGAAGACGUGGAAGCGCUCUACACUUCUUGCAAAACCGAACGAGUCCUCAAAACCAAGCGGAGGAAAGUCAGCAGGGCUUUGUCAACAAAGGAGCUCCAACCGGAACACGCCGCCGCCGACCCUUACCCCGGCUUUUGGAAGGACAACCACCAACUUUGGCUGGGAUUGAAUGAAUCGGCGCAGGCUCUGCCAAUCAGCAGGCAGGCUCUGCGUCCCGGGGACGCCGCCUCGCUACCGGCCGUCGAUCUACCUCAGAUUUUUAGCAAAUCCCCGGGUCAGCGCUACCCGGAAAUCGCGCGAUCGCCUUGCAAAACCCCCCUAAACUAUGAAACUGCUCCCGUCCCCGGGAACUACAUCGCCUUCCACUCGGAUCCCCCGUACUUUCGGAGCCUGCUCUGCAGCAAGCACCCGGCGGCGGCGGCGGCGGCGGCAGCAGCAGCGGCCGCCGCCGCCGCCGCCUACUACCAGUCGGCAGCCCUUCCGCAGCCCAAGCUGGCGGCCGGGGCGGCGGGGAGCCCGGUGAGCUUGACUUACAGAUACAAGCGGAAGCGAGCCUGCGAGGGGGGUGGCAAGGACUGCCUGCUGAACCCCCAAGCCAGUGCCCGGCGCCUCCUCAUCCUGCCCAGGUCCUACAAAGCCAAGGCGGCGGCGGCGGCGGCGGCCGCGGCUGCUGCGGCGGCUGCGGCGGCUGCGGGGGCCUCUUGUCUGGAGCGGUUUCACCUGGUCAACGGCUUCUGCCCCCCUCACCACCACCACCACCACCAUCACCACCACCACCACCCCCGGCAGCAGCCCCAGCAGCAGCAGCCGCCACCCCCGCAGCCGCCGCCGCCGCAGUCUGCCCACCAUCCCCCGCACCUCCCCCACCACCACCAGCCACCGCCGCCGCCUCAGCCGCCGCCGCCGCAACAGCAGCAGCAGCAGCAGCAGCCUCAGCAGCAGCAGCCACAUCUGGGCAGCUUCCCCGAGAGUUACAGCAGCGACUCUGAAUCCAGCUCGUACUCGGACCAUGCAGCCAACGACUCGGAUUUUGGCUCUAGCCUGUCUAGUACCAGUAACUCCGCGUCCUCCGAAGAGGAGGAAGAAGAGGAGGGUGAGGAGGAGGAGGAGGAAGAAGAAGAGGAGGAGGAAGAGGAGGAGGAGGACGGGAGUGGCUUGUCGGACUCGAGCGAGGUCAGCUCUGAAGAGGAGGACACGUCUUCGGACUCGGAUUCCAGCUCGGGCUCCAGCCAGGUCUCGGUGCAGAGCAUCCGUUUCAGACGUACCAGCUUUUGCAAACCCCCCAGCAUGCAGGCGCAGGCCAACUUCUUGUACCACCUGGCCACUGCCGCCACUGCAACCAGACCCGCUGCUUUCGAGGAGGCCGGCAAGCUGCCCGACCUCAAAAGUAAUGUCAAAGCCGAAUCGCCAGAGGAUUGGAGUCAUCAGAGCUGGCCAUCCAAAACGCCUCCCGCGUGCUGCCCCGGCAGCCUAGGAACUUGUUUCACCGAGAUAAGGAACGAUAGGGUAUCAGAGAUCACAUUCCCACACUCUGAAAUUUCCAAUAACUUCAAGAGAACUGACUUGACUAUUAACUGCGGGGCAGAGGGGGCCUCUUCACCUAGCCCAAAGACAAACAAUGCAUUUCCACCACAAAGAAUACUCCGAGAGGCGAGGAAAUGCCUGCAAGCCACUACUACUCACUGUGCAGAUCACAAUACCAUACCGUCUAGGUUGUUAAAUACUGAUUCUGCUGCUGCGGCAGAAGCAAAUUUAGAAAAAGGUUCCAAAAUCCCUCACUGUAUAGAAUUUACCUCGGAUUUGCCCCCUUCACAAACUGAUUCUGAGGUGGAUGCUGCUGUCGCUUCUGCACACUCAGAAGCAGCAGCAGCAGCAGCAGCAGCAACAGCAGCAGCUAAAACAGAAACUCCGUGCCCUGACUCAGGCAAUAAAACAUUGCCAUUCCUGCACAAUAUUAAAAUCAAAAUAGAGGACAGUAGUGCUAAUGAAGAAUAUGAACCUGACCUUGUUAAGCAUAAGCUAAAGUGUGAGUGCAAUGAUACAAAGGGUGAGUUUUACAGUGUGACUGAAAGUAAGGAGGACGCUUUGUUAACAGCCAAGGAAGAUUUUGCAUGCACUGAAAAAGAAACCACUUCCUUAAAUCCACUGACUCAGAGUCAGGGCCUUUCAUGCACUUUAGGUUCUCCAAAACCUGAGGAUGGGGAGUAUAAAUUUGGUGCGAGGGUGAGAAAAAAUUACAGGACACUGGUGCUGGGAAAGCGACCUGUACUGCAGACUCCUCCAGUCAAACCAAAUUUGAAAUCAGCUAGAAGCCCUCGUCCUACAGGUAAAACUGAGACACAUGAAGGAACACUGGAUGAUUUUACAGUUACCAAUAGACGAAAAAGGGUAGCCAGCAAUGUAGCAUCAGCAGUGAAAAGGCCAUUUAAUUUCAUGGCAAAUUUUCCCUGUCCACCAUCACUAAUUAUUGGGAAUGAUGGGGAUUUGUUGCCGGCUUAUUCCUUAAACACCACUAAGGAUUCCCAACCUCCUCACAAGGCCCAUCCUAUAUGGAAAUGGCAGCUGGGCGGUUCUGCAAUACCUCUUCCACCUAGUCACAAAUUCAGGAAAUUUAAUUCAUAAAAAAAUAUUUUGGGAGAUAUUUUCUUGAACCAUAUUACCUUUCUUAUGUUGUAAACUGCACGGGAUGGUUUGUACAAGUCCAUUAUGCUUUACACCCUUUUUGGAGUCCUGGUUUUUCACUUUGUGAAGACAGAAAUCGGAUUACUUUUUUUUUCAUUGUGGGUUUUUUUUUUUUUUUAGUGGGGUGGGGGUGGGUGGGAGGAGGGUUGGUUUACAUUCCACAGACUACUUCAGGCUAAAGACUCAAGUAAAACUCAGUUAUUAUGGUAGAGCUGGAACACUUUACUGUUUCAAUGCUAAUAAUGCACCGGGUACCUCAAUUCAACUGCUACAAAUAAAUGUCAAAAGGUUGAAUAAUAAAUAUUACAAUGAGCCAUUAAGUUUAUGCACUAGAUUUCGGACAUGGAAGUAUAACUGUUAAUUCAGUGAAAGUUUGUUAAGUUACAUGGUUACACAGGGAGGUAUCAAGAGGGUUCUGUGUGGCCACACUCUACUUUCCUGGAGCUCUUGUUCUGGUGGUGUAGGGUAUCUUUUCUAUUUCUUUUUCUCUCCCUCUCCCCUCCCCCCUCCAGGAAUUGCACUUACUAUUUUUUCUAUAGAGUGGAAAGGUUGGGGGUUUGAAUCCUGCUCAUACUGGUAAAAGUUGCCUCAUCUACAAUGAGUAAAAUAAAUAUGGAAUUGUAUUUUUGGAAAGGUGUGUUUUUACUUGUACAGCCACUCCUUGCAGUUGGAAAAGUAAGGUUAUUUUUUAUUGUGGUGGUUGUUCAUCCCCAAAAAUCUUAAAUAAGGUUACUGGUACCCACGAAUGUACUGAAGUUGUGGUUUGAACGUGCCCCUUAAAGCUUGAAAAGCAACUAAACUAUUUCCCUGGCUAGAAGGACAAUUUAUAGCUCACCUCCUCAUAUUAAUAGAGCAAAAAAGUUAAUCUAUCGAAGAAAUGUCAAAUGAGGAGUUAGAAAUGGCUAGCACCACCAAUGAGAAUACCAGGCUGUCCAGGGCCUUUUGGUACCACAACCGGACAUUUGAAUAUUUUUACUCAUCUCUUUUUUCUGCAUCUCUCUAAACUUCACUUUCCCUCACCAUCCUGUAUAUAGAGCAAGAGUAUCUAUCUCUACUGCAAGUGACAAUCAGAGGUGAUUAUCUAUAUUUGCACUUAAUAUCAAAGUAGUAGAACAUGCAGAUGGCUAGGGUGUAGCCCUUGGUCAGGGCCAUGCUGGUGUAAUAUGUUGUGAUGAUGGAAGCAGUAAAUCAAAAUUAUGGAAAUUUGCACUGUUGAAAAGCAUGCUUUAGCUUUAUUUUCAAUUAAAAACACUAUUUAAAAUUCCUGGUUCCAUACAUUUCUACUUAUUCAAGAUUUAAGUAUAAUUUACAGGAAUGAAUGGUUUUCUUGGCUUUUUCACUUUUAGGUUUUAUCUGGAGGCAAUGCAUAUACAGGGG